UCGUUAUGGACAGCUGCUCCACUCCUCAACUUUUUACUGGAGCUCAUAACGCGCGUGUUCUCUUCCCCGCAGCCUCCUCAGCACCCAGACAUGGAUUCCUAAACUGGAACUGACCCAGACGUGAAAGCUUACAAGCUGUUGAAUUUAUUUUUUUGUUGAGUUUGUAGAAGGAAGAGGAGGAAAAUGCCUGUAGCAACUCUUUUACCUUUUACCACGACUCCUAAUAGGAAGUCUGCCAGCCCGACCUCCUUCAGGUUGACAGAGAAAUUCAUUUUACUUUUAGUAUUUAGCGCUUUCAUCACGUUAUGUUUCGGGGCUAUUUUCUUUUUACCGGACUCCUCAAAGCUGCUUAGCGGAGUUUUCUUUCAUUCCUCCGCUGUGGAGACCAACACUCGCACCAACCCGGAUAGCAAUGACUCCGGUUCGGCUGCGAAUGACGAGAAGGUCCUGGCCAAAAUCAGGAAAGACCACGAAAAAGCGCUAUUAGAGGCAAAGGAUACGCUACAGAAACGACCCGAUGAGAUUGAAAAGGACAUUUUAAUGGAGAAGCAGAAAGUUGCGAAGGAAAGCGCGGGUGUCGGUGGCAAGGAUGUGAAUCAUUUACCUAUGGUCGAGUACCAGCGGCCACCGGGAGCCACGGGGCGAGAGCCGAUGGACGCGGAGACCCGGGAGAGGCGGGCGAAGAUCAAAGAGAUGAUGAAGCACGCCUGGGACAGCUACCGACGCUACGCUUGGGGUUCCAAUGAGCUCCGGCCCGUCUCCAAGCAAGGCCACUCCAGCAAUCUGUUUGGGAGUAUAAAAGGUGCGACUAUAGUGGAUGCCUUGGAUACGCUCUACAUCAUGGAGAUGUUUGAGGAUUUUGACGUCGCCACUGACUGGGUGGAGAAGAACCUCGACUUCAAUGUGAAUGCGGAGGUGUCUGUGUUUGAGGUGAACAUCCGUUUUGUGGGAGGCCUGCUCUCAGCCUACUACUUGUCUGGGAAAGAGGUCUUCCGGAGGAAAGCAGUGGAGCUGGGAGAGAAGCUGCUGCCGGCCUUUAAGACGCCCACUGGUAUCCCCUGGGCCCUGCUUAACCUGAAGAGCGGUAUUGGCAGAAACUGGCCGUGGGCUUCAGGUGGGAGCAGUAUCCUGGCUGAAUACGGCACCUUGCAUUUGGAGUUUAUGCAUCUCAGCAAACUGUCAGGAAACCCAGAGUUUGCUCAGAAGGUGAUGAAUAUCCGAAAAGUGCUAAAUCGACUGGACAAACCACAGGGGCUGUAUCCGAACUACCUGAAUCCAAACAGCGGCCAGUGGGGACAGCAUCACGUGUCGGUGGGAGGGCUCGGAGAUAGCUUCUACGAGUAUCUGCUCAAGGCCUGGCUCAUGUCGGACAAGACGGACGAGGAGGGAAAGAAGCUCUACUACGAUGCCUUACAGGCGAUCGAGACCAACCUGAUGAGGAAGUCGAGCAGCGGUCUGACCUAUAUUGCGGAGUGGAAGGGCGGGUUACUCGAGCAUAAAAUGGGUCACCUCACCUGUUUCGCCGGAGGCAUGAUCGCCCUGGGAGCCGACGGCGCGCCCAGUGACAAGACCGGCCACCAGAUGGAGCUCGCAGCCGAAAUCGCACGCACCUGCCACGAGUCAUACGCCCGCACAGCUUUGAAGCUGGGUCCAGAGGCUUUCCGUUUUGAUGGAGGAGUGGAGGCCAUCGCCACUCGACAGAACGAGAAAUACUUCAUCCUCCGCCCAGAAGUUAUUGAAACAUACAUGUACAUGUGGAGGUUCACACACGACCCCAAGUACAGGGAGUGGGGCUGGGAGGCUGUGCAGGCUUUGGAGCAGCACUGUAAAGUCGAAGGAGGCUACAGCGGACUGAGAGACGUGUACGCCGCCAACCCCAACCACGACGACGUCCAGCAGAGCUUCUAUUUAGCCGAAACGCUCAAGUAUCUGUACCUGCUGUUUUCAGAUGAUGACCACCUCCCAUUCGAGCACUGGGUCUUCAACACUGAGGCCCACCCGCUACCGAUCCUCAAGAGGGACAAAACAGACAGACCCAACGAGGUGGAGUAACGGCCCGUCAGAAUAAGAGCACAAACCUCUCUGUCCUAUCCUGUGUAACUGAGCCUGCCCCAGCGUUGCCCCAGGACUCUUCUGGACUGGAUUUUUUAAAAUAACGUGACAAAAUUGGGGAGUUGGAGUUCGUAAUAAAAUUUUUUCUUUUUUUGUUUUGUUUUUAUUUUUCCUGGUCCUACGCUGGGCCUUCACUGCCAGAUAAUGCAGUUAGUCCGAAUGUAAUAAAGACUAAUACAUAUCUUCAGAGGAGGACGACUACGUGGCUUUGUGUAAAUUACUCUUGGGAUUAUUGAAGAGAUGUUCAGAGGUACAAUCGGACAGUUUUCGCACCAUUUGUUCACUGUUUUGUUGUGCGUCGCUACAUCUCAAAGUCAAAGUCCCAAAGCGGUGUCUGCCCGUCGCGGAUUAUUGGCUAAACUGUUCGAGGAACGCAAGACUGACUUCACAAACGCUUUUCCCUCAACAACUUUCCAGCGCUUUUCAGAUGAACUUGUAAACUAAAACCAAACUUCUGAACUGUUUUCGUGAGUUUGGGCUCUACCUGCCACUGACUUCAAUGUUCCCCACUUAAAGUUAUUAUUUAAGGGUUGUUCGGCAUUUGCACUAUGUUCCUAAAGAGGUUUGGUCAUUCUUGGUUUUCACUAAAUGACCCAGACACUUUUCCACAUGCUGUCAUUCUACUGUUUAUUGCAUAAGGGUGAACAUUGUGUUGUGUGAUUAAUCCUGGUUUCUAUCCUCUCUUCACAUUCAUCUCAAAAUACUUCAACUUGUUUCUGGUCCAGUUGAAGGUGCUGUAUUUGAUUUUUUUUUUUUUUUUUUACUGACAGUAGUUCAUUUAAAACGGUUUACAGAUGUCUUUCUAACAACUAGCAUGCUAAUUAGGGAUGCACUGAUAUGAUACUGCUGGGUCUGGUGUGGGCCAUGGUAUCGGUUAAGCUGAUAUCUUGGUUGGACGUGAUAAGACGAUUUUCAGGCUGGUGUAGACUGUCUCAUAACGUUUGAACUUUUAUUCAGACAAAUCUGGUCAAAAUCAAAUCAUUGACGAUGGGAAGGGUAAAUAACAGUUACACAAGUGCCAUUUUCAUCACUACCUACUAGAGAUGUGCAAAAAUAUCAAAAUAUCGAUCGCUCAAUGUGAUGAUACAGUAUCGAUAUCGUGGUCUGCUGUAUCGGUAUAUUAGCCUGAAUCAUCAGCUGGUUUCACUUCGUAGAAACCGUCUGAUCUCACAGUGUUAGAAUUCCUUCUCUUGACAGUAGGCGGGUACUUUUUUUAUUUAAACAAUCACUGUUAUUUGGUCGUGACGUAUGUAAUGCGCCACUAACGGGGCUAACUGGUAUAUUAAGCUUUUUCCAAUUCCUGUAGGAAGAAGGACAAUAAUGUCUUUCCCCUUGAUAAAAUUCAUCAAACAUUCUCUUUGUUCCGACUUUAAAUCCUCAAUCUCGGGAAUUGUUGCCAACACAGAAUGUAUGGCUCUUUGCUGAUUGGCUGGUGCCCAAACUCGCACUUCCGAGGUUCUUCCAAACCGUCUAGUGUAUUCCAAUUUCUGAUCUAGUCGCUGAAGAGAAAUGAAAUUGAGUGGACGCACUAGGUGGAGCCAGCCCGUCUAUCGAUAUAUCGAGUAUUUUUUGGUAUAUUUUACUAAAUUAUUUUCUUACAGCGCUACAGUUUUGUUGUUCGUUUAGAGGAAGGAAACUCAUUUAUGCGACACAUUUGACUUUUUCACUUUUUUGAGGAUUAAAAUGUUUGUGUUUCAUAUUCACUUUGCACAAGAAGUGGUUUAACAAAGACCUUUUAGUAUCACAGCCAUGAUUUAGCCUUUAUUUUUUAUUGAACCGUAUCGAAAUCAAUCUGAAACAUAUUGCAUCGAGCUGAAAGUGCACUGUACUGAGAUAUGUAUCGUAUUGUGGCCUAUAUAUCGAAGUAUGCGUGUGAGACUUCUUAAUGAUACCCAGACUACUACCUACACUUUUAUCAGCAAAUAUCAGGUAUCGACAGAUGUUUAAAAGCAAAAUAUCAGUAUCAGUAUGAGAACAGAAAAAGCUGGAUCAGUGCAUCCCUAAAACGCUUUGGAAUUGACUGCAGACAUUACACAGUGAUCACAUUUUGACCUGUUUUUAGAGCUGUUUUUACGACAUAUCUAAUGGGGCAGAACAAUUUUUGCCCAACUACAUGGACAAAAAUCGGGUACAGCCACCUUCACACAGAGUUACGUGUUUGCAUCGUAGUCUGUCGUCCAAAGAUUUACUCAUUUAAAGGUGCAGUUUGUCAUUUUUCUCAAUCAGAAAGUGUGCGUAAUGUACCUUUAAACCUCUUAAACCUACCCUUGUCUGUGAACAGCUGGACGCACCUGAGUUUUAGUUCUUAGAAGCCAACCACUCUACCACUCUGCUCCAUCUUUUAAGAAAUUGCUACGUAAUAUAAGCAAUACAUCAAAGCGGGCAGACAUUUUGAGCAUUCGUCUGUAUAAUUAAUUUGGGAGUCAUUCCUGAACAUUUUCUCGUGGCCAAACCUCUCUGGCUCAGUUGCUUCCUGUUGCUCCAUGAUCCACUUGAGUAGGACACACUGUACGAUGUUUCUCCUCCGUGAGGGGACAACCACACUUUCACCGAAGCCGGAUCUGUUCAGCUUCAAAACACCGGCCUCUGCUUGGUCACACGGUCGUAGUACCAUCUCUGUCCACACCGGGGCGCUCGUAUCUACAACAGGAGAUCAGUGAUGUUGUGUUUCGUUUACAGCAGCAGCCGGAUUGAGCGAGUUUAGUCUUUUAUUUAGUGCCUUCACUGUGUAGUCUGAGGAAGUAGCAGCUCAUUCAAGUCCACCGUACACAGCUUUAACACCAGUCAGUCUCGUCACAAAAACAAACCGAAAUCACACGCCCCAUUUUUCUGUAUUUGAAUGUAAUCAUUUUGUGUUCGCUUCAGUGUACUUGGUCUGUUUUGAAAUAUUAGAUCUUUUGCUUCAAUGAUUUCUCACCAGCUGAUUAGUUUGACUACACUGACAUCUGCUGGAGAGACGUAGACGGUGCAGUUUCCUUUCGAGAUGGGUUCAGGAACACGGUGUAUUGUGGUGCGUUCACGUCAGUCAGGUAAAUAUCUUUAUUUUUAUUAUCAAAGGUGAAAUAUUAUAAUUAUGUUGUCUCACUCAGUUGCUUUGUAGUCGUUUUAGUUUUAAAUUAUACUUGUGUGAAUGCUGAGGUUUGCAGGAUUGGUCUUUUAGAAGUUAUUAAGAGCUUUUAUCAUAUCCAAAAAUGUUUCAUGUUUGGGCAUUAUUUAUUUGAAGGCCAGCUGCUUUAAAGGUCCAAUAUUACACUUUCUAAUGUUGUUUCUUCAUCGUAAACAUGCGUGGAGUUGGGUUUUGUUUCAUUCACACAUUCAGUUUUUAAACUCCAUACAACUUUCACUAGAAUCAUUUGGAUAAUUUCAGCCCUGGAACUGCCAAGUGCGACUGAACUAAAAGUAAAAGGGUCGCUCUUAACUUGAAAACUACUGCUUCAUGACAUCACAAGGUGGAACAUUUUGAGCUUUGGAGAUGUGGACAGACUAAUAAUAAAGAAUAACUCAAACAUGUGUGAAUGAAACAAAACACAAAUUGAGGUAGAGUAUGUUUUGACGUGGAAACAACAUUCUAACACACUUAAACCUCACAAGAGUCAGUUUUGUGUAAUAUUGGACCUGUAAUAGUAACUGUAGUUGGCCUAGUAAAGCUGUUUCAUCCAAAACGAUUACUGAAUACAGCUGAGUGAGAGAUUAUAGUAAACAACUGUAUUUAUGUAACGUGGUGUAGGGUUUUUCAUUCCGCAGCUCGUUGGUAUUGACCCAAAUUGCUGGAGUUAAUCCCAUUUACAUCGGCUACAGCAGCUUUACUGUAAAACUGAAUGUACCGUCCAAUGUGAAGUGAGCCUCUUUUCUUUCUUUCUCUUCCCUCGUUUGUCGUUUUUAGAUCUAGGAUUUCUUUAUGAACGGAAAGCACAAUGACGCUGUGUGCCGAGGUGACGAGGUAACGCGCACAUUUAGAAUACUGUAUGAGACGGACACAGGGACAAAGGACGAAACACUGACGCUGCUCCUUCUGUCUUUUAGCGUCUGGAGGAGCCCGACUUUAUUAUUAUUAUUAUUUUAAAUAUACCUGAGAAUGAAGGAAGCGUUUGAAAAGUAUUGUGUGAAGAGAUUCAUCAGAAGUUACGCAGUGAGGUCCUUUUUAUUUUUAGUUUUGUCAGUCACAAGUAACUAAUAAUCAGAGUUACAAAAAGAGACCUGUUGAUACUUUGCAGUGACGUCACGCUGGGGGUGUUGUACAUGUGUCUCUAUUGGCAGAAUGUAACACAACGCACAGAUUAGUGAAAACUGUCAAAAAUGUUUUAAUAUAGUUUGAAAACUCAAGAAAAAAAACUAAAUGGAGACUUUUUUAAGCGCACAAAUGAUCUGACCUGCUGUAGUUCCAAUAAAAUCUGCUCUUUUGGGCCAGAUUGUGUUAAAAUAAAACUUAAAUUAAAGUGUAAAUUAAGUAACAGAGCUUCAGACAGAGCAGUGCAUUCAGUUAGCUUCCAUGGGAACAUUGAUAACAUCAGCUGUAAAGUAUCAAUAUACGAUUCAUAAGAAUAGAAAUGAUCAAUAAUUAGAAUAUCAGGUUAGAGUCAUCUAUUGGUUGCUCUAUUUACCUUUUUGGAGAGUUUUAAUGCUUUAUAUAUACACAAAAAAUAAUAAGAAAUAUAUUCUAUUAUAUUUUUUAUUAUAUUAUUUAUUGUUUUAAAUAAUUUGGAUCAAAUUUUGGAGUUCAUUGGAAUAUAUUGUACUGUAUUUUAUUAGUAAUACUGAGUUGAGUGUUUAGCCAGUGGAGUAUCGGAGUUAUGUCCCAAGCAGAUGUUUACAUUUAUUAAUAAUAAUUUAAACAUUUUUUGGUCAGCCAUUUAAACAAACACUUUUCUACAUAAAUCCAACUCAAAAUAUGUAGCAAAAUCACCAUUAGUAUCUUGUAUUUUGAUUUCAUGAGCUUUAAAAUGCUGAAACAGUGAAAUUCUUUGAGAUUAUUUAGUGUGUAUUUUGGUGAUGCAGUUGAUUGGACCUGUGUUUGACUUUGGCUUUGGGACCAUCCAUUCUUUAAAGUUCUCUGUUCUCAAUGGGUGAAACGUCUCUUGGUGAUUCUUGUUGACUUCUUGUUGUGUUCAAUGCUUUUCUGUUGUGAAUAAGUGAAUUGGGAUUCUACUCUUUAAGCCAGUUUUAGUCCAGAAUACUGAUUUUGGACUAAAACUGUGUCUGAUAAGGAACUCGUGUGAAUUUGAACUUGUGAAACCUCAGAAUUGUCUUGUACAGAAAAUUGCUGAUAAUCAUUCCAUUGCACAUAGUUUACUUUGUUUAUGCAAUAUUUUGAGUUGUGGGGAAUUGUUUUUGUUGUGUUGAUAUUCUUAAUAUAAUGAUUAUUCUAGAAAAGUGUACAUAUUCCACUGGAGCAGGUGAGCCGCUCUACGUUUCUAUAAAUCUCCUGGAUAUUGAAAAUGAUAUUAAGAGCAGCAGACUUUUUAAUAAACUAUAUUUGUUACACUUCUAUUGUGAAUAAAACGCUUUUAAUAAA